AUGCCAAAGAAGCAACUGGAAGGACUAGGAUUGCAUUCAAAAACAAACCCAAUACUCCCCAUAACACAGGAUGACAUUCUUGGCACGCCAACCCCGCAACCGGACGACUUGGCUAGCGUAGCCAAUUCAUUACAGUCCUCCUCCACAACGUUAUCAUCAUUUGCGAAACGACAGCAGCGCAAACUGAAGAUCAAAAACCUAAAAAAGUCAAUGGAUUCCAGCUUCACUAUUCCACGUUACUUCAAGAGGCUACUUAAUGUGCGCUCGUUGGAUUUCGAAACUGCUCUUUGGGAAAUGCUCAAUCUAAUAAUACAACCAAAGCGUGUUUACAAAAGCUUAUAUUACCAGAAGCAGACCAAAAAUAAGUGGUCAAGAGACGAUCCUAGCUUUGUUAUUCUUUUGAGCUUCUUCCUUACCAUCAGUGCGAUCCUUUGGGGCUUGGUCUACUCUACAGACAUUUUGACUAUUUUCAAAUUGAUCCUGUACAUGGUUGUUGUUGACUUUGUCCUGGUAGGCCUGUCGGUUGCCACAGUGGGAUGGAUCAUUGCUAACAAUUUCUUUAUCCAGAAUCCAAACAUGAAUAUGAGUUCCUCCUCGUCCCAAAGAUUACUCAAUAUCUUUUUCCCCACUGACUCCAUGUUGGAGUGGGCGUACUGCUUUGAUAUUCAUUGCAAUGCAUAUUUGAUCAUAUGGGUGUGUCUUUAUCUGGUGCAGUUCACUUUGCUGCCAUUACUCAGACUCAACAAUUGGAUUUCCACACUGCUAGGAAAUACACUCUAUCUAGCAUCGACCUCAUAUUACUGUAUUAUUACGUUCUACGGCUAUAACGCACUCCCAUUCCUUCAGAAAACCGAGUACCUCCUAAUGCCAAUCCCAGUACUCAUCUGUGGUUGGAUUGUGCUCACUUUGGCUGGAUUCAAUAUCGCCAACUACAUGUCCAAUGCAUACUUCAAUUAG